AUGGAAAAGGCCGAUUACUUUAUCUGCUUCCCGGACCUUCAGAGAGCCCCGAUGUUGUCCUCUGAUUCAGAAUUUAAUCUUCUCGCCCAGAAAAUGAAUUGGAGAAAAGACUCGAUAAGAUACAGAAAGGAGCGAGCAAAAUUUCUUGCUUCAGAAUUCAAUAUUCAUUAUGGCUCCAAUGCGAAGAAGCUAGAAAACUGGCAGGCACUGUGUGUAGAGCUGGACACCUCUGAUUCCAUUCGACGUAUCUCCCAGUGCCGUAGGGCACUUAGAAAUAUACACGUUAAUCUGGUUGACUUGGUCGACUCUCGAAGAAAUGGUCAAACUGCCAAAGAAUUUCCUAGUGCUGCAGCGCUUCGGAAUUAUAUAAAAGAAAUGGGUAAGAUAUUUUCGAGAUCAGCAGCCAAAAAGGAUGGAUUCCUGAAGGCGUUGUUAAGGGUAAUUUAA